AUGGUAUGGCAUAUAUUUACCCACGGAAUGGUAGGAAGGCCUCGACUUGAAAAAGGUUUGUCGUCGUUUUUGCCAACUGUCACUCUUCGUACCAACAAUCUUGUCGAUCUAACGCAGUAUCUCCAGAGACCUCAAUCUUGUCCGCUUGUGAGCAAGAUUUUAUCCGUCGUUGCUAGUUUCAGGGGUCAAAUAUCAAAUCAACCGGUUGGACACUUGUGGCCGAGAUCACCUCUGCACGCCAUGGAAAGGCGUGCUGCGUUUUCGGCCGAAUGUUUCGGCCAGAUAAACUUUCCGAGAGCUGUGGUAGCAUCCAGUUCAGACAGUGGGAAAGUCAUGUCUUGCUUGUGUGGCCUAUCUGGCAGAAGAGGAUUCAUGGCGCCAAGCUAUAUUUGCAGGCUGUCAUUGAAAAUCAUGUUAUUUUUCCCUCUCGGAGAUUUGCCGAUUUGGGUGCCGUCAAACAGUGAAGAAUAUUUGAGAUAACACACAAUUUGUGCGAUGAGGAAGUGGAGACCGACUGAGAGAGAUCAUAUCUACGAGGGGCUGACUGUGAUCUAAUUCGAGCUA